UCGCCUUCCCCAGCGCGCAGCCCGGAGCCCAGGAGACAGCCUGACCGCUUCCGCGGAGCAGGGAGCCUGGGACCGCCCGCCGUCUGGCCUCCGCCCUGGAGCCACCCCUCCCAGAGGAGCUGCUCGGCUGGCGCUUGGACCCCUCGGCAGCCCAGCCGCAGGUGCCCGCCCGCCUCCGCCCAGCCCAGCGCUCACACGGCCGCCGGGCACCAUUCCCCGCUCACUCCUCUUGCUCGGAGUUGCUCUUUUAGCCCCUGUUCCCCGGGUGGAAGCACCAGUCUGAGCUUCUCUGAAGGCGUGAAAGGGAUAACGGAGCGAGAUACCUAGCUGAGGUUUCCAGACCCCUUUUGAGUGAAGAUGAAUGUUUCUUCCGGAAUAAUGUAAGUGGAAGGUCCAGAUCUCGGUAGACUUGACUAUGGGAGCCAACACUUCAAGCAAACCACCAGUGUUUGAUGAAAAUGAUGAUGUCAACUUUGACCACUUUGAAAUUUUGCGAGCCAUUGGAAAAGGCAGUUUCGGGAAGGUCUGCAUCGUACAGAAGAAUGAUACCAAAAAGAUGUAUGCGAUGAAGUACAUGAACAAACAAAAGUGCGUGGAGCGCAACGAAGUGAGGAAUGUCUUCAAGGAGCUCCAGAUCAUGCAGGGACUGGAGCACCCUUUCCUGGUUAAUUUGUGGUAUUCCUUCCAAGAUGAGGAAGACAUGUUCAUGGUGGUGGACCUCCUGCUGGGUGGGGACCUGCGAUACCACCUGCAGCAGAACGUCCGCUUCCAGGAAGACACUGUGAAGCUCUUCAUCUGCGAGCUGGCCAUGGCCUUGGACUACCUGCAGAGCCAGCGCAUCAUCCACAGGGAUAUGAAACCUGACAAUAUUUUGCUUGAUGAACAUGGGCACGUGCACAUCACAGACUUCAACAUUGCCGCAAUGCUGCCCGGGGAGAUGCGGAUCACCACUGUGGCCGGCACCAAGCCUUACAUGGCACCUGAGAUGUUCAACUGCAGAAGAGAAGCAGGCUAUUCCUUUGCUGUUGACUGGUGGUCACUUGGAGUGACAGCAUAUGAGCUGCUGAGAGGCCGGAGACCGUAUCAUAUUCGCUCCAGUACUUCCAGCAAGGAAAUUGCACACAUGUUUGAGACAGCACUAGUGACUUACCCUUCUGCCUGGUCACAGGAGAUGGUAUCCCUUCUUAAAAAGCUACUUGAACUGAAUCCGGACCACCGAUUUUCCCAUUUGUCUGAUAUUCAAAACUUCCCAUAUAUGAAUGAUAUGAACUGGGAUGCAGUUCUGCAGAAGAGGCUCAUUCCAGGAUUUGUUCCUAACAAAGGCAGGCUGAAUUGUGACCCCACCUUUGAACUCGAAGAAAUGAUUUUGGAGUCCAAGCCUCUUCACAAGAAAAAGAAGCGUCUGGCCAAGAAGGAGAAGGAGAUGAGGAAAUGCAAUUCCUCUCAGACAUGCCUUCUUCAAGAACACCUUGAAUCUGUCCAAAAGGAGUUCAUAAUUUUCAACAGAGAAAAAGUCAAAAGGGACUUUAAUAAAAGACAAGCAAAUCAAGCCUUGGAACAAACCAAAGACCCACAAGGAGAGGAUGGCCAGAAUAGCAACCUGUGAAGUCCUCUUCAUCUUCUUGGGACAUUUCCACGUCAGGAAGAGCUGACAAUAAUUCUCACCUCUCCACACCUCACACACCUUAGAAAAUGUGAAUGAAUGCCUUGGGAAGGAGGCGGCAUGACACAGGGAAGAGUCCCUGGGUUCCUGGGUACUAGUUUCACAAUUGUGUGACCUUGAGCAAGUCACUUAAUCCCUUUCUCUGCUUCAGUUUGUUCAUCUAAAAGGAGAAGUUAGUACUAGACGAGUUCUAUGCUGCCUUUUUAACUGCCAACAUCCUGUUAUUCUUAAUAGCCUCUAUUUUUACUUUAAAAGGAAUAUUUGGAUGUAGAUUUAUUUUUCCACUCUUAAUUACACUGUGAAAAAUGGACUUCGGUGGCUGAUGGAGUGAAGCCCUUGAGAGCUAGAAAACUUCAUAAGGAAGCCAGAAUCCCCAAACCCACCCGAGGAGGAGUAAGGAAUUCAUUCAGGAAGAAAUGAGUGGGACCAGAUAAGAAGUAACACAUACUGAUGAGGGCCCUCCGGUGGUGUGCUGGACCUGAACACUACACCAGCUUGUAUCAUUUAGUAAGAGCUGAUAGGCAUAAAUGCCCCAAUGCCCUGUUUGGUGAUGUGAAAUUGAGAAGUUGAAGUUGGUGAUGGUGGAAAUAUUUACACCAUGGAAACUGGCAGAUGCUACAAAUAGGGCUUUUUUUCUCCCUCCCAGCAAGCCAGUUCUGAAAUAUUUAGCGCACCCCUGGCCUUCUUCUAGAAGCAUGUUCCUUGGGAACUGUUACCUCAUAAGACUAUCAGACACCUGGGUCCAGACAGGAUUAGAAAAGAACAUUGUCACAUUGAAAACAUGUCCAACUUAUAGUACACUGAAGUUGUAUAUUACACGCGAGUUACAGUCUAAGUUAGAAUGUGAGGUGAAUUUGGAAGAUAGUAAAAUUUACCCUUGAAAAAUCCCUUUAAUAUACAUUAGCAUAUAGUGAGUAUCUUUUCUUAGAGAAGCCCAAUAUCAUCCAGGCCCUUCACUAAUAAAACGAGUCAUCUUUGAUUCACUUUUUUGGGUCUCAUUUUAACGUAAUACCAGAUGCACUAAAAUGCUGAACAGAUUAUUCAUGGCUUGGUAGACGAGACUCACACUUUAAACUGUGGAAUGCCCACACAUCUGAGAGGUCUAAGGUCAUGGAAACUGACUAAGGGAACAGCAAUACCUACUUGUGCUUACUGCAAAGAACGGCAGGCCGAAUCACCUAUCUACAAUAUUUUCUUUAUCUGCCAAAUACAAAGUUUAACUCACCUAAGUUGAGAUGUAACUCUACGCUCCAGAUACACAGAAGAUCUUUGCAGAAGAACUGUUUUUUGGCAACUCCCAGAUGAUGCUGGGUGAAAAGUAAACAGGGUUGGUGGGGGGGACUGUUGUAACUCUUAGCCACUCAGAUCAUCAAAACCUUGUCCUUCCUUAUGGAGCGUGUGGGGCUCAUCAAGGCGGCAGUAAGUUGUCAACAGGGGAGACCAGACAGGUGGAAGCAAGCAGAAGUAACAGACGCUGCUACACAGAACUUUUCCAGGAGGGAGGUCACUCUGGGCAACUCAACAUGAGAAGAAAAGCAGUGCUAGGCUGUAAAUGCAACUCUGACGGUUUUCUCCGCCCUGAACUGACAGGCCCAGAACUUCUGGCCUUGAAAACCUGGACACAGGGCCUCUCUGCUUUAAGAGUAACCACAUUUCUGUUAAGAAUCAAAAGCCAGAUCCAUGUUCUGUUUGAUUCUUUUUCUCUACGUUUCCCCCACAUGAUCUGUCUAUGCUAGUUUUUCUCCCACAUAGAAAUUAUGGCCCAGUUUCCCAAGGAGGGGGUUGACCGAAUCUGUAAGGAGGUGACCAGAUUCUGCUUCUCGUUGGUAACCAGGAGCGUCAGGGGCCGCGUGCAUGUUUACCAACUUCCAUCUUUCAUUUGUUUGGAGUCAAGCCCUGAUGUGCAUGGACUCAUCUCUCGAGUCACCUGGUUCCCCCUCUUUCUCUGACCUUGUCUAUUAUCAUCCCAAUGGAGAGACUUUGGGAAAGAUUUACCCAAGGGCAAUGGGAUUGGCAGGGUCUCCGUUGGGAUGAGACCCUUUAAUCAUUUGUGCCAUUUCAUGUCUACUCAGUUAAUAAUGGAAUAGGAAGUCAAAACAACUAGGUAUUCGGUAGGGUGAAUAUCUAGUUUUCACUUCCAGUGACCUUCUUCUGUGCCUGCAGCACCUUUGUGGGCUUUCAGGAACCACAGAUGCAAUGACUAGAGGGCACAGCCUGAGAGGUUAAGAUAAGAUUUCCAGUCCUCAUCAGGUUACAGAGCCACAACGUAGUUCAAGUUAGAAAAUAAAAAGCAUUGCAUCUAUCAGUGUAGAACAACUGAUCCCAAGAACCUCCACUGGAUAUUUUGAGCGCUAGGACAAAAGUUUCCCCAAAUGUAAAAGGAUUCCUAAGUCCUUACCAUGACUGCUAGUUGUUGAAAUCAGAUCCUUGGGUUUCAUUCCAUAACCUGGGCUAAAACUGACUACCCUACUGGGUGAAACAUAUCUAGGUUUAUCACAGUCAAGGCUCAGGGCUGAGAAUUUUUUUUAAAAUUACAAAAAAUAGGGUGAGUCUUAAAUCCUUUUGUCUGGCCUUUAUGGCAUCUUAUUUUCCCUCACAGCUCCCUUACCUGUGUGGAACAUCUGAAAAGUGUGAGCAGGUUUGGAAGUCCAGGAGCAUCCUGGUUCUAAGACACUGGCACUGCAGAGGGGCCCACCCACCCCAGUGCAAAUACAGGGACCACAAGUGGGUGGGUGGGGCGGCUCCGUGACCCUGUCCUUGACCUGAACCCCAUGGAAGGAAAUGCUUUGCUAAUGGCUCAUUCCCCAAGGGCAGCACUGGUCUUACCUGAGGGCACUGCUAGGGCAGAAAUCAAUGUCAAAAAACACAGAACACUGCUCUGUUAAUGAGGGAAACUUAAUUAAUUGGCAAUUAGUCUGCUUCUGAUAGUUGAGUUUUAACCAGAAACAACUAGACUUUAUAUCAUCAUAGCUUUUCUAGCCUGGAUGGAUGAAUAAAUAACUAGGGAGAAAGAGCGGGUCACACAGCUAGCAGGGGCCAGCGCUGCUGCUUUUGGCUAACGCAGUAAUGCUAAGGCUUAUAAUUCUUCAAGGGCUCAAUGAAAAGGCAUGAAAGAGUGAAUUGUUUUAGUAUCCAGUUGUCCCUGCAUUCUGUCGACACAAAUCUGUUUCCUAGAGACUCUGCCUGUGAUCACCAUUUCUUACAAUCUCAGUGUGUCUGAUAUUUAACACUGUUAAAAACCCAAACCCGGUUUACAAACUGUGCUGUUGUGAAUGGGUAACCCUUUGCUGGGAAAUCUGUGCUUCUGUUGAGCUGUAGCAUACACACUGUCAGUGUGCCUGUAUGUAUUAAAAUGUCUUCUGUACACUGGAAACCACUCUUUGUCAGCCGUGUGUGUGUGUGUGUGUGUGUGUGUGUGUGUGUGUGUGUGUGUGUAAUCGUUUCCCCAAGGGGUAGGGCUGUGGGUUCCCAAAGUCACCUGUUCGCAUUUCCAUUUCCUGCUGUGAGGAAUGUCCUUCACCAGAGACAAGGCGGUGUUAGAGAUGAUGUUUCAGAACCAUGGAAUGUUAGAGAUGAUGUCCUAAAACUAUGAGAUGCAGCACAAUCCAGCUAAUCCACAUGUGUAGAAACUGAGAACCUGACCCCUCCUGCAGUUACCUAAGGAAGCACAGCCCAGGACUCUGGAUUUUGCCUUUCACUAUGAUCUUAAGGCCGUGGACAGUUCAGGCACCUAUUUUUUCAGCACUCUGUCUUCCUACCCACCAACAUCUCUGUCCUGUCCUAUUCUACAUAUCCAAGCAGCAGGUGGAUGUUCCAAGCCCAGAACCCAGGACAGGAAGGUAACCAACAGCUCUAAACUCUUGCAGCUAGAGGCAACUUCUGCCUCGGGGAGGAUCAAGGGGUCCUCCAGUCAUCUCUCUGACUCACAACAGCCUAGCAGCCACAGGCUAGCUGGUUCCUGGGACAGGAUCUUGUUAAGUCUUGUGGGCUCUGUUGUCCAGGUCUUGGGAAGCAUCCUGUCCCCUUCUCAGUGUCCGCUGAGCACAGGGCAGGAUCUAGACCUCUUUCCAUUCUGAGGAAUGCCUGUAUUAAGGACACGACCUCAUUUCUGCAGGCUGCUGUGGCCCCCUCAUUCCAUUUCCUGCUCAUUUCCUUUCUCCUUGUGAGAGCCUGAUGGUAGUAAAGUUGAUACCAGAAAGUUCUCUGAAGCCAGAGGGACCUUGUUUUUCCUAGUCAGUGUUCUCAUUCCCCACCUGGUUGAUGUGACUCAGCCCUAAUAGCUCCAGCCUGCAGAGGUGUGAAAGUCAAGUGUGAACUGCACUAACUUAAAACAAAAAACUGCUUCAUCCCUCUUAGAACUCUGCAGGCUGAGCUCAUUUUAAGCACUAACCCUGCUCUUGACACCUAGGCUAAUCCUAAGGAGAGCUCCAUUCUGCCACGAUCAUGAGCAGGGAGAGGUGUUUCACCCUUCUUGAGUUCAACCCACAAAACAGGAUUGCGGGCAAAAGCUUGUUAAUCAUGAAGCCUUGCACGUCACAAUGAAAUAACUCCUUAUAUGCACAGAGGAACUUCUGAUGUGGUUUCUGAGGUUCUGUGUUAAAGGUUAUCAUCACUCUGAGCUCCUGUCCUGAAGACACUGCUCUGCCAAACCAAGGUGGGGGUGAUCAUCACACACAAAAUUCACCAGGAACUACCAUGCCCUGAUCCCCUGCUCCACCUGCCCCAAUCUACACACAGAUACUGUGCCAUGCAGCUUGAGAAUGGUGCCAUGGCUAUAUCCUAUUUUUCCUAGACUCCAUGGCCUCCUCUUCUGGAAUCACAAACUGAUUUUCUUUGAGUCAUUGAGAGUCCACGUGGUUCGGGUGGCUCCGAGCCGGUGUGUUACCAGGUGUGGCCAAUCCCAGGAUUUUGCACACAGUGCCGACUACAUAGGAGUAUGUGACCAAGCCGGAACAAUCAAAAUCAGCCUCCUUGGCCAGGAACUAUCCAAGGAUCCCUCCACCCCACUCCCACACCCAGAAAUCGCUAAUCAAGUAAAGUGUAAACUUGGAGGUGCUGAUGGCCAGUUUUGCUCCUAAGUGGAAUGAGCUUUCCUAAGAAUGAAGCACUUCCUAAAGGCAAACAGGGCUAAGAGAUGGAGAGAAACAAUGUUCUAGAUGCAGCUAUGCUUUGGUCUACCCAAAUCUAUCCCUCAAGUUUUCAGUUAUACCAGACUUCAAAAAAAAUCUUUUUCAAAAAGUUUUCUUACUAGGCGUCUAACAUUUGCAAUUAAAAAUGUCUUACAUAAGUUCUAAUUGGAUCCAGGACUGUUUCCCAAAAAGGGUUUAGUGUAACAGGUCUGGUGGAAUGCAAUGUGAUACAGAAGGGUUCAGAACCAUAAGUUCAAUAACUUUUGAAAUAUACAAAAUUUCUGAGCCUUUAACUUUACAACAAUGCUUUAAAUCUCUCCAAUUAUUACAGUACACACAUUAGAUUCCUUAGGAACAGUCUGCUAAAGAAUAUACUUUGGCACAUGCUUAGUUUUUCUCAAAGUCCAGGCUUUUAGAAGUAGAGGAAAUGCUUCAAGGGAAUGGCAAAAAAAACCCCAAAACAGAAUAAAACAAACCUUUCAGGAUCUGUUCUGAACUCAGCUAGGUUUAUCCCAAUUGGCAAUGCCUUUAUAUUAUUGCUGAAUUUGAUGACCCAUUAAAAAAAUUUAGUUAUUCCCCAAUGUUUCAAUAAUAGUUAUUUAACUCUGUGGCCAGAACAAAACUCAUGUGCAACAGA